AUGUCUGAGCACAUAGGUACACGUGUUUCUGUUCCAGGUACAACCCAAGGAUAUGGAAUCUUACGCUACAUUGGUGGCAUUGAAGGAAAAUCUGGCGUUUUUGCUGGCCUCGAGUUGCAGGGUCCCAUCGCUGCUUCGAGAGGCAAAAACAAUGGCUCUGUCGACGGCAUUCAAUACUUUGAAGUAUCACAACCAAUGUCUGGCUUAUUUUUGCCUUGGGAAAGGCUUCGAAAUGCCAACCCCAAGCUUUUAAGGGCAGAUAGACCCCAAACUCGACCAUCAAGUGUGUCAAGUCGAAGUGAAAUGCUAUACACUCCUUCUCCCCCUACCCGGAAAACCAGCUCAAGACUUUCAUAUUUGAACUAUAGAGAUAGCGGAAGCAGAGGCUCUGAUGCUACAGGGCGUGAAAGUCCGUUUAGUGGGCCCCAACAAAUUCAUGUAACAAAGCGCAAAUCAGCGAUAAACGAGAAUAACAAAAGUCCUGCGCUGUCGACGCUGUCUCUGUUAGUUGGCUCCAGGACGAGUCUGGGCGACCUAUUUCAAAAAUGUGCCCAGCCACAAGCUGAACUCCAUGCUGUUCUCCGAGAGUUGGACGAAUGUAAAUCAGCAAUGCAGAAAAAGAAUAAAGAACUUCAAGAGAAGACUCGGAUUCUUGAAGAGCUUCAAACUACCAUUGCUGAGGUAGAUCCAGUUAUGGAGGCUUAUGAAAGGUCUGUGCAAGAAAAAGACCAAAAGCUUCAGAGACAAAGGAAGGAAUAUGAUGGAGCGAGAGAAGAAUGGAGACAAAGUUUAGAUUUGAUGUUGAGCGCGCAGCAAGAAGCGGAAACUUUCUAUGAGCAGCAGAUUGAGGAUUUGAAAGAGGAGAUUGGGCGCUUAUCUCGGGCAAACACACGGGUCAACUCCACCAACGGUGAACAACUUUCGUUAGAACUUCAGAGUCUUCGAGAAGAAAAUCAGCAACUCAAGCAAGAAAUUAAUAAGAAAGGUGAGUCUAAUGGGUUAGAUGGGUACAAAAAAGAAUACGUGGAACUGCUCGAGAAAAAGGUUGAGAGGCUCCUGCAAGAUAUUUCAUCAUUGGAGUUCGUGAUAGAGGAUACAAAGAAAAAAUCAAAGGAAAAGGACGCGAUCAUUUUGCAACUCAAUUAUAAAUUGGAAGAAGAAAACCAUGAAGUUGACACAUUGCUGACCAAGAUAGAAAGUUUGACUGUCAAAGAUUUAGAACAGAAGGAAGGAGAUCAUCAAUCUCAAAUAGCGAAGUUGCAAGGUGUCAUCACUCAAUACGAAUCCAAAAUAAUGGAAUUGAAGGAGACGGUGGAGCGUAAGGAAAAGGAAUACUACGAACUACAAAAAAGGUACGUAUCUCAGGAAAAGGUGAUACAAGAUAUGGAGAACCUACAAGCAGAGCAAAACUCGUUGAUUCAGCAUCUACAAUCUGCUUCAGCUAAAGACAGCGAUAAUGACAUAGAAAGAAAUGCUUUACUGAAGCAAAUUGAAAACUUAAAGGCAGAGCUUUCGUCAGCGAACGAAAGAACAGUCGCAUAUGAAACGAAGGAGAGGGAACUUGUUAACAAGCUACAAGAGUAUGAGGCCAAGGUAAAGGAACAGGAAACGAAGGUGAAGAAAUAUGAACAGGAAGAAAUAGAUUUGCGCUCUCAAAUACAAGCGGCUAAAGAGACUCAGCCGAACGACGCAACCGCAAUGGAAAAGCAAAUCGAGGAUUUGAAGCAUGAACUCCAAAUGCGUCCGUCUUUUGACGAGCUCAAUGAACUCCAUGCUUCGUUGGAAGAAGUUGACAGGCUCCACACAAACGAGUUGUAUUUGAAGGAUAAAGAACUUUCCUCCUUGCGCGAGGGAUUUCAAAAAAUCAUGGAGGAAAACAAAAAUCUUCAAGAUAAGUUGAAAACCGCGACGAGCUUAGCAGCACUUCCGUCUACCCCAACAGUAUAUGGCUCGAAACUGUCGAAUGGACCAUCGCCCGGUUCAGGUAGCCUUCCUGACCCAGAGUCGUGGGCCAAAACAGACUCGCUCCCCGUUUAUGAGCCUGUGGUUAAGAGUGAUCCUAGUGAAGGAAGAGAAGACUGGUGUGGUCUCUGCGAGAGGGAAGGACAUAAUAGUUUGGAUUGUCCCUACGAAAACGACAUUUUUUAG